AUGGCCAUUGGCACCCUUGAGCCUCCAGCUCCAGCUACACCUUCAUUAGGCAUUGCAAGAGAUGGUAGUACAUUAUCAGGACACGCAUUUACAAUUCCACUCCCCGCAGCUACCGGCUCUGCCUUCGAGCAGACAUCCAAUCCCACCAUUACGCCCUCAUCCCGCCUCCUCUCCUCGCAGAAGGAAGACCUUCCAAAAGAUAUUCCACUCUCCGCGUCGAAAAAUCCAUACGUAGAAAGUGCAGCAUCACUUCAUAAACCCUUGCCAUCAUCCCCAACAGGCUCUCCAACUAUCCCCGCAGCAAACAAGGAAGACACCUCGCGAUCCGAGAUCUCGGCUGAAAACUGCAGGGCCUUAGUCUACACCAUCAACCCUACUCUUCCAGUUCCCCAACGAUUUCCCGCGCGCCGCUCAGCUGCCCUUCGUCGUCCCGUCACAGACAAUACCCACCGCCUCAACACUUUCACAGAGUUCAUCCAAGCCUUCCCCGUCCAUGCGCGCGCCAAUCUCCAGCCCUUCCACGCUUUUUGCCAUGAUCCCAAACCGACAUUCAGGGCGCUUUGGUCGCGUGCGGACCGUUGGCUUAUCAAUAACCUCCAUCCAGAACUCCCUCUCGACAGAGUCUAUGAACAGUAG